CGGCAAAACUCAGCUGUGAUAGUUUGUUUUUUAUUCUGUAUUACGACAGAGUAUGUAUUAUUUGAUAAUGUUAUAGUUGUGUGAUUUAAAUGUAACACAAAAUGGAUACUAGACUGGUUUUAUUAAUAUGUCUACUUUCUUUUGCAUCCUGCUCAAUCAUCAUUCCUGAAGAGUUACCAUCUCUUCUCUCCGUGGCGUACUCAAACAUUCCGCCGAUUAAAAAAGGCACUGAUUCCCGUGUCGGGUUUGGGUUCGCGUUUGGCAACCACGCUGAUUUUCAAGUGCUUCUGGAGUUAGGACCGCAGACAAAUACGUUGAAUCUAACCGGACAAUCAUUCCCCACCAACACGAAACGACAAGCGCCAAAUGUUGCUCCAGAGAAGAUAAAUAAGAACAAAGAAAAGUUCUUUCAAACUGACGCUGGAAAAUACUUACAAAACUGGGCGCAACGGAUGAAGAACCAAAAACCAACAAAGAAGCCUAUCAAAGAAGAUUUUGUAAAUCUAGAAGAGUCUAUGGUUGAACUUGUAAAGAACGACAAAGGGGAGUAUGAAAUACACCAACCGAAGCCGGACAAUAUGCCUAAAUACGUGCUAGAUAACUUGAAGAAGUUGUACGGGGAGAAGAAAGAAGAGGCGAUUAAAAUGACAGAGCAGAAGAGGAGCGAAGAAGAGAUAAAGAAGAUAACGGAAGAUUUAUCUAAUGUUGAUUUAGAUUAAAUGUGGUUAAUGGUU